AUGUAUGAGCUUCGUGGGCCUCAUGUGGUUUGCGGACAUUUCAAGACUUCAGUUUCCUCGGGAGAAUCCCCAAAUGCACCUCUUCCAAAUGUCAUCGAAAACCUAAAAUCUCUUGUGCGUAAACUAAAAUCUUUUAACUCGGAUAACGAAGCCAGUCUCGAUGGCGAUGAAGACUUUAAUCGUGAGAAAUGUUUUAGAUCGGAAGUUUCGUCGAUAUCCGAAAACUAUGAAUGCAACGGCUUACUUGACGACUAUACUGAAGUUGAAAUUCAGGCUUCAACACCGUCAAAGUCAGACAGCAGUGAUCUUAAAACUCUUGAAACGGAUAUCAAACUUGAGAUCUCAAAUAUUAGCGAAUGUAAUAACGAGUUAUCAUAUUUUGUACAGGAUGUUAAAAGUCUCCUAUUUCCCUCCAUAAAUUUGAGAAAUACUGUUGAGAGUUGUGAGAGCCUUGAUGAACCAACGUCUCCUUUAGAUGAUAUAAAAGAAAAGACGAAUCAAGAGAAAGUGUUAAAGGUUGCAUGUUUGCAAAGUAUCGAUGAUCUAGAACGUGUGUCUCAAGAGCGUGGCCUUAGAAUGAUCAAGGAUUUUAUCACAAACGACGCCUCUAGUUUUCGUAAGCGACGCCGAAUUGGAAACACUGAUUCAACGCAUCAGGAAAGUGAAAACCAAUCUGAGAAUGGUUCAGAGGAUAGUGACAGUGAAGAUUUAACGAAUUAUGAAGUUGAUAUGAUUGUUGAUGAUAAAAUUGAAGAGGGUGAGAUCCUUUAUCUUGUGAAAUGGAUGUCAUACCACAGUCGACGUAACACAUGGGAACCGGAAUAUCAUUUAACUGGAUGUAAAGAACUUGUAAAUUAUUAUGAUGCUAUGAAAGACUCAAACACAAAGCUCAACCGUAAGUUACUGACCUUUUUUAUAAAUGAAAUAACAUCUCGUAAACCUACUGAUAUUCUAACUCUUACGAAGUUAUGUGCUUUAUUCUCAAAACAAACCGAAGAGUUUGUGAAUUCAUUGAAACUUACGUCCAGACAGUUGAAAGAAAAAGUAAAAGAAGUUCUUGAGUAUUCUUCCAACAAGUUACAAAAAAUCAGUGUUGGGCUAUUAGAACUCAUGCGCUUCUAUGAAAAGCGUAAAUGGGUUUUGCUAACAACUCAAGAAUGGGAAGAAGAAAUUAAUUCGAAUGUUGACCCUUCUUCGUAUAUUAAAGUUGAGAAUAAUGUUGAUUUGGAAUUCCCACCGUUUGAGUUUAAAUUCAUAUCUGAUUAUACAAGUACUAGUGCUACUUUGAACCAAGAUCCGGUAGCUUUUUGUAAAUGUACUGAUUGUCUUGAAAACCAAGACGAUUGCUGUCCAAAUGAUUCAGAAGGUUAUUUUGCUUAUAACAAAAAUCGUCGCCUAAAGUUGCAACCAGGUUAUCCAAUUUUUGAAUGCAAUAAAUUUUGUUCCUGUGACCAUACAUGUAUAAAUAGAGUUGUGCAAUAUGGUUCCAAAAUAAAGUUUUCUAUCUUCAAAACUGCAAACGGCUGUGGCUGGGGUCUUAAAACUCUCCAAGCUAUCGAAAAAGGCGAGUUUGUGUUGGAAUAUAUUGGUGAAAUCAUUACCUCAGAAGAUGCGGAAGCUCGAGGCUACAUUUAUGACUAUGUUGGUCGAUCCUAUCUAUUCGACUUGGACUAUGGGACUGAAAAUUGUGCUUAUACUGUUGACGCUGGACAUGUGGGCAACGCUGCGCAUUUCAUCAAUCAUUCAUGCGAUCCAAAUCUACACGUUUUUGCUGUAUGGAUCAACAAUCCCGAUCCCAAUCUUCCUCGACUAGCAUUUUUUGCUAGGAGGAGAAUUAAACGGUUUGAGGAAUUGACAUUUGACUAUAAAAUGGUGAAUAAUCGAGAGAAAAGCUGGAAGAUUAUGGAAGAUAGUCUUUUAGAGGACCCGAGUAGUAGUCUUUCUGAGGAGGGUGUUUCGCGAAUAGAAUGUAAAUGUAAUUCAAGAAAUUGCCGCAAGUAUCUAUUUUAA